AUGGACCCGCCGCGGACAAGUAACAUUGAAUUUGUGGGUGAUAAGGGAGUUGAGGAACUCAUUAAUAAGAUAAGUGAGAAUUAUGAGGAGUGCACAAAGUAUGAUGCGUAUAUGGCGCAGGAUGAGGAGGCAGAGGAGGAAGUAGAUGAUAAUGAGAAGGAAUAUGUUGGGAUGGGAGGCAGUUUCCAAAAUGUAAAAACGUGUGGAAGGACAAAAAUGGCAAGUAUAGAAAAGCUGGAAAAAAAGGAAACCGCUAAUUCGAGCAGUCGCGCAGAUGGGAAAGCUCGUAAAGGAUGUAACAACUCCGCAAUGGACAACAUUAGAGAUUUUAUUUUUAAAAAAAAAAUGAGUAAUAAUAGGAAUAAUGGGAAGGAUGGAAAUUUUGGAAGGACUGGCCGAAAUGUUUUCACCAAUUUGAACGUUAAAAAGAAACGAAUAAUGGAAAGCAGCGAUGAUUCAGACGAGAACUCCCACUCGGUGAAAAAAAUUAUUGACUACGUUAAGAAGAAGAAAAAGAAUCGGAAGGGAUGA